AAAACUCACUUUGCAAAGCGAUGUUUAUGCAUUUGGCAUGGUGCUUCUCGAGCUCUUGACGGGGCGAAGAGCCGUGGACUUAAACCAAGGACCGAAUGACCAAAAUCUGGUCCUACAGGUGAGGCAUGUCUUGAAUGACCAGAAGAAGUUGCGGAAGCUGAUAGAUCCUGAGAUGAACCGGACUACAGGUAAAAUAAUGACCACAAUGGAAUCCAUAAUCAUGUUCGCGAACUUGGCAUCACGCUGCGUCCAUCCUAACAGUGGGGAGGGACUGCCGAUGGCCGAAUGUCUCAAAGAGCUUCAGCUGAUACUGUACACAAAUUCGAAAGGCUUGAGCAUGGCUUCUCAUAAAUUUGGUUAUCAAUGGCUCAGACGUAGUUCAGGAGGUUCUCUUGUAUAGGGACAGAAGAAUAAUAGGACACGACUGAGA